UACACCACACUAUCUAGAACAACAAACCAAUCAAAGAACAAAUUGAAAAAAAAAUGAUAGGGUGGCAAGAUAUAUACAAGGUGGUGGAAGCCAUGGUUCCACUAUACGUGGCCUUAGUAUUAGGUUAUGGGUCAGUGAAAUGGUGGAAGAUUUUCAGUCCUGAGCAGUGCGGUGCCAUAAACAAGUUGGUUUGUUUCUUCACUCUUCCUCUCUUCACAUUCGAGUUCACAGCCCACGUCGACCCUUUCGAGUGGAACUAUCGUUUCAUAGGCGCAGACGCCAUAUCGAAGGCGAUUACUGUGGCGCUGUUAGGGUUUUGGGCAAAGUGCAGUAGUAAAGGGAGUUAUGGUUGGUCCAUAACGAGCUUCGCUUUGUGCAGUUUGACCAAUUCUCUUGUCGUUGGAGUGCCUCUGAUGAAAGCCAUGUAUGGUCGUAUGGCUGUCGAUCUUGUCGUUCAGUCUUCGGUCGUCCAGGCCAUCAUUUGGCUGACUAUUCUUUUGUUGGUGUUGGAGUUUCGUCGUACGGGGUUGGGUGUGUCGUCAUCAUCAAACGACGACAAAGAAGUUGUCGUUGGUGAUUAUAAUAAUAACAAUCAACAGUCUGGGAAGGAUUUGGAAGGAGAUAAUAAAGAUGAGGAGGAGGAGGUUGGUAGUGAUCAACAGUCGUAUUGGUCGUUGAUGAAGGGUGUGUGGUUGAAAAUGGCUUUGAAUCCUAAUUCCUAUGCUGUUUAUAUUGGCCUCUUUUGGGCUCUCAUCUCCAACAGGUGGCAUAUUGAGAUGCCAGGCAUCUUCGAAGGUUCAAUUUUGAUCAUGUCGAAAGCUGGGACAGGCACUGCUAUGUUUAGCAUGGGGAUCUUCAUGGCAUCUCAAGAAAAAAUAAUUGGGUGUGGGACGCGGCUAACUGUGAUCGGAAUGGUGUUAAGGUUUAUCGCAGGACCAGCAGCCAUGGCUAUCGGAUCUAUUGCUGUCGGUUUACAUGGCGAUGUUCUCCGCGUAGCUAUUAUUCAGUCAGCUCUACCGCAAUCGAUUACAUCUUUUAUAUAUGCCAAAGAGUACGGAUUGCAUGCCGAUGUGCUUAGCACAGCGGUUAUCUUUGGUACCAUGGUGUCACUUCCGGUGCUAAUCACUUAUUAUGUUCUUUUAGAUUUAAUACAUUAAUUGACCUUUUUUUUUAACAUUUGUGUUUGGGCUGAAUUUGUAACGUAUUGAUUUUAUAAUUGGCCAAAGCCCAUGUUGUUAUCUAUGUAAAAUUAUCAAUACCCAUCUUAAUAAUAUUAAUUAAUCUCUAAAGGGAUAGAUGCUUAA